AUGAAUAGCGACACGAGUCCAUCGCGGCAUCUUCAGAUCCAUUACUCAGCUCCAGCCACACAAUGGUCAGAAGCCCUACCCAUUGGCAACGGCCGUCUAGGUGCUGUUGUAUAUGGGAGGACUGAGGUAGAGCUGAUGCAGCUCAACGAAAACUCGGUGUGGUAUGGAGGCCCUCAAGAGAGGACACCGCCGGAUGCUUAUCGUAUGCUGCCCAAACUUCGACAAUUGGUUCGAGAAGAGAAGCACUCGGAGGCUGAGGCUUUAGUCAAGGAAUGCUUUUUUGCAAGUCCCGCAAGCAUGCGUCACUACGAGCCGAUGGGCACCGCAACACUGGAAUUCAACCACAAGAAUAUCGCUGAUUAUCGGCGUUGCCUCGAUUUGGCUACUUCGCAGGUUUCUGUUCAGUAUACGGUCGAUGGCAUCUCUUAUCAUCGAGAUGUUAUCGCCUCAUACCCUGACAAUGCAUUACUUUUACGAUUCACUGCUUCAAGAAGUACUCGUUUCAUCGUGCGCCUGGACCGGCUGAGCGAUAACGACACCGAAACGAACGUCUAUGCCGACACCAUCACAGUUUCUGGUUCCCACAUUGUGGUUCACGCAACUCCGGGAGGAAUGAAUAGCAAUCGAUUGUGUUCUGUUCUUGGAGUUGUCUGCGACGAUGGCGGCACCAUUGAGGCCAUCGGAAACUGCCUUGUCAUUGACUCUGCCUCCUGUAGAGUCGGCAUCGCUGCACAGACAACAUUCCGUCAUGCUGACCCCGAAGUCGUCGCCCUGACUCAGAUCGAUCAGGCCCUGGCGCGGCCGUGGGAUGAAGUAGUGGAGAGGCAUAGGACAGAUUAUUCUAAGCUUUUCAACCGGAUGAGCCUGAGAAUGUGGCCAGACGCUUGUGACUUGCCAACAGACCAGCGCCUUCGAAGCUGUAGGGACCCUGGCCUUGUCGCCUUAUAUCACAACUAUGGCCGAUACCUGCUUAUUUCAUGUAGUCGGAAGGGCUACAAAGCACUACCAGCAACGCUUCAAGGCAUCUGGAACCCGAGCUUUGCCCCGCCGUGGGGAUCAAAAUAUACUAUCAACAUCAACACGCAGAUGAACUACUGGCCUGUUGGCCCGUGUAGUCCAAUCGAUGAUUGCUCGAUUCCACUGUUGAAUCUUUUGGAACGAAUGUCAGUCCGAGGUCGCAAAACGGCCAAGGUCAUGUAUGGCUGCCGAGGUUGGUGUGCACAUCACAACACCGACAUUUGGGCCGAUACGAACCCUCAAGAUCGUUGCAUGUCAGCCACUAUCUGGCCCCUUGGAGGUCUCUGGUUAUCGACAACGCUAAUGGAUGCUCUCAAGUAUCAAUAUGACAAGGCGCUACACAAUCGCUUAUUCCGCAUUCACGAGGGUGCUGUGCAGUUUGUUCUCGACUUUAUGAUACCCUCCAAAUGCGGUUCAUAUCUAGUCACAAACCCCUCACUCUCUCCAGAGAAUACUUUUGUCUCGAAGUCGGGAAAUGAGGGCAUAUUCUGCGAAGGAUCUACCAUAGAUAUGACUCUUAUCAAGCUAGCUUUAACGCAGUAUAUUUGGAGUUCAGGGCGACUGUCAGACGUAAACCACUCUCUCAAGGGGCCUGUUGAGGCAGCGUUGACUAGAAUUCAACCUCUUACACUUAAUCAAGAGGGAUUAAUUCAGGAGUGGGGUCUUGAUGACUACGAAGAAGUUGAACCCGGGCAUCGCCAUGUAUCACAUCUCUUUGGCUUAUACCCCGGAGAUCUGAUACACCCUACGCAAAGUCCAGAACUCGCUGCUGCGGCCCAAAAAGUGUGA